AUGUUGGUGUUAUUUCCAGUUCUUACAUUGAUUCCGUUACAAAGUACUUUAGCUGCUCCAUGUUUACCAGUUUUUGAUCUGGUAAUUGUUCCUACUUUUAUUAAUGUUAAAUUUUCUUUAUCUAAAUUUGUAAAGAACUCAUCAUUUGGCUUUAAUUCUGUUCCAGAUAUUUUUUUCAAACUUACCAUUAAAUUUAAAGGGAUUUAA